AUUUAGGGGAAGGCGGGAUGAAGAAAUUAAUUAAUAAAUGGAUUUUGAAUUUCCUUAAUUGUUAAACCCAACUGAUAAUGAACCAUAUAUUCUAGUUUCUGAGUAGAAGGACAUUUUGAAUAGUAAAUUAUUGACAGCACGUCAUAUAUGUUAAAGAGUUCAGGGAUAAUCAGAAGUAGUUGUUAUAAAGGACUUUUUAUAGUAAUAAUCUUAAUUAAACAAUUAGAGAUCUAACUAAAAAGUCAGCAUUAGCUUAUACUCCAGAUGUAGAGUCUGAAUAGUUAGUUUAAAAUUUUAACUCUAUGCAUAAAGUUUAUUAAAACAAGGUUUAAGCCUAAGUAGAUUAAUUUAAAAAACUAAAUACAAAAUUAUAAAAAGGAUACGAAAAUGCUUGCAAUAACGUAGUUUCAUAAUUGGUUGAAGGUGUUUAAGGAGAGACAGAAAAUGUUGAAAAAGCAUAUUAGGCUUUAAGAAAUGUUUUAAAAAGUGAUCCUGAAUAAGAAGCAUCAAUUCCAAAACCAACAGAGAUAGUUGAUAAAGUAUAAUUAUUACAAUAAUAAAUAGAUAUCAGAAUUAAGAGCAGCACCAGAAUUACCUGAUUAUUUAUUUUAGACUACAAAAAAGUUGAGGGCUUGGAGAGCUGCUCCUAAUGAAUUAUGUGUUUGGAAUAAGACAAAAGAGACUUUUUAUAGAAAUAAUUUAGAAUCUACUCUUAAUUAAUAGCUUUAAGAUAGAUCAGAAAUAGCACUGAAAUUUUGGAAUUAAUAAAUAUAAAGAUUAGGAGAUUAGUUCUUAGAUAUUUUAUAAGAAGAUACAUCUUUAUAAUAAUAGAAUUUUGUUAGUUUAAACAUUGAAACAGCUGAAGCUUUUGGAUUAUUAUUAAAUACAAUGAUAACACCAGAAGCAAGAGUGGUAUUACAUAUAGGUGAUUUUAAUAUCGCUGAUUGUAAAUCAAUAGCUGAAUCAAUUCAAAGAUUAACAAACAUAGUUAAUCUAUCAAUUAAAUGGAAUGUUUCAAAUAAGGCAUAAGGUUUAUCUCAUAUAGCUUAAGGUAAAAAUUAAUAUUAUAUUAAAAGCUAUUGGAUAAGCAGAAUAACUAAGAAUUUUAACUUUUGAAUUUACUUCAAAUGUUUAAGCAAAUUUAGCAAAGGAAUUCUUUACUGAAUUUAAAGAAGUGAAAUUGUCAAAUUUAGAAGAAGUGAAUAUAGUAGCUAAAUAAUCAAAUGUAAAUUCAGCCGUAUAACAUAUAGCAAAAGCACUAAAAUCAGUUGGUAGUGCAACUGUUUAAAGAGUUUAAUUAAAUUUUAGGUAUAAAUGAAUUUUUAAUUAUUUUAGUUAAGCUUAAAUAGAUAAUAAAUCAGCUUAAUUAUUGGGAGAGGCAUUAAGUGCUUAUAAAGGAGUAAAGAAAUUAAAUUUAGAUUUUUCUGGUUUUUCUUUGAAUUCUAAUAAUAUUAAAGAUGAUGGAUUUAGUGGUUUAAUUUAGAAUGUUCCUAAUUUCUCAUCUACUUUAAUAGAAUUAAUAAUUAAUGUUGGAAGAAAUCAAUUAACUGAUAAUGCUUUAUAAAAUUUGAAUAAACAAUUCUAAUCUGUAAAAUGGAGUGCUUUAAAAAGUGUGAAUAUAAGUGUUCAUUAUAAUAAAAUAACAGAGGAAGGAGCAAGAAAAUUAGGAAAAGUAAAAUAUAAAUAAAAUUAAAUAGUUUCUUCAUAGUUUACCAAUUUUAGUUAAUUUAUAAUUGAAUUUGAAUUCAACUGAGAUAAAAUAAAAAGGAUUAAGCUUUAUAAUUAAUUAAUUGGGUCCAUAAGUUAGUGCUUAAAUUUAAGCCAAAUAAUCUGGUAUAAGUAAAGAAGAGGCUGGAGAAUUGUAAGAGAAAAUAACAUCAUUAAAUAUUUGA